AAAUAAUAAAAUGUCUUAAAUAUGUGGUAGUAGUAGUUAAGUUUUCGAAAGUGAUGGUGAAGUUGAAUUAAUGAAAGAUGCUAUAAAGUAACUCAUCUCAUUUGUGGCCAAAAUUUCAUCUUCCACUUCCACACAACAUGGCUGCUUCAUUCCAUCUCCAAACCCUCCACAAAUCCCCAUUCCUCCAAAAACCAUCUCCCAAACGAAUCACCACCGCCAAAUUCAACCUCUACGAAAUCCUCGGCGGCCGCGGCCUCUGCAACGGCGAGCAAGGCCUCCAGCAAGAACUCAAAAAAAACAUCUCACCCACCCCCCCUCCACCGCCAUCUCCGCCGCCGUCGUCAGAGGCGGAAUCCCCACAAGUAUCGGAAGAGGGCUUCGAGAAGGAGCUCCUAGGGCUCACCGGCGGAUUCCCCGGCGGCGAAAAGGGGCUGAAGAAAUUCAUCCAAGACAAUCCGCCUCCGCCAAAGGAGGAAAUCACCUCCGAAUUCGAUCCGAAGAAGGCGAAGGCGAAGGCGAAGGCGAAGGCGCCGGAGCUGCCGCUGCUACUGCCGGGGAUGAUUGCGAUCGUGAAGAGCCCCAGGAAUCCGUUUCAUAUGUAUUGUGGGAUUGUGCAGAGGAUCAGCGAUGGGAAGGCGGGGGUGUUGUUUGAAGGGGGGAAUUGGGAUAAGCUCGUCACCUUCCGCCUUGAUGAGCUCGAGCGCAGAGAUAAGGGCCCGCCUAUGGUUAAUCCCAGAUCCGCCAUUCUCGAGCUUGAAGAAUCUACUUGAUCAUCAUUCUCUUUUGUUUUUAGUUUUACUCCUCUGUAAAAAAAAAUUAAAGAUUUAAGCCAUGUUUUGACUAAACGUUAAUUGUUCAUUGUCAUUUUACUCA